GGGGACCCUGGGUGCGGGCGCUGGCGCUGCGAGGCCCGCACCCUCCUCUCCCGCCUUCAGCCGCCGCGCCCGGGGCACUCGCACCGCGCCCGGACCCGUGUGCGCGCGGGCGGGCGGGGAGGCCCACGCUGUCCGGGUGCAUGAAGGGCUGGGCAGCCGGCUUCACCCGACGGCCUUGCCCGCCGCCGUCCUCCCCCGCUCUCCGUCCGCUCUGCUUCCUCGCCCUCUGCAUUUCCCUAGGACCCACUCCUCAGACUCCGGGGGCUGCUUAACUCUCACCCCUGUGUAGGAGAGUUCGGUAGCAUUUUCUUUUAGAAGCUUUCUCUUCCUUUCUGAAUAGAAAUGGCACAAGUGAAUGUCAAGCUCUUGAAAUUUAGUUCCAUAUUUCCGAAAGAAAUAUGAUUUCUAGAUUCUUACUCACGUUUAACAUUUUGAUUGUUGAGUUAUCUCCUGCUUAAUCCCCGAAACUCCCAGGGUUACAAUGGGAUAUGGUCUGUGGCGCUUAUUCACUUUUUGUAGAAAUAAGAGACCGCAUAAACCCAUAUAUGCAGGAUUCCAGCUAUAGGCAUCCAACUUAUGUACUCGUAAGAUUUUUACCACUAAGGAGAUAGAGUCACCUAAUACCACACAGAGCAAGACAGUUCUGGCCAUCUGAAGCUUGCAGGUAAAGAAGACAGUUGCUUACUAGAUAAAGUACAGAUUUCUUCAAUAAACCCUUCUGUAAGAAGAAAACAUAACGUAUAGACUAUCUUCUGGCCGAAUAUGAUAGAUUUGGAUCAGAAACGGGAGGCGUUGGGAGCCUGGAGUCAAAAGUGAAGAAAUUCUGCAAGCCUUUGGGUUCCUAUCACUAUAACCAUGCCAGAAAUGACAGAGAAUGAGACUCCUACCAAGAAGCAGCACCGAAAGAAAAACCGGGAGACACACAAUGCAGUGGAGAGGCAUAGAAAGAAGAAAAUCAAUGCUGGAAUAAACAGAAUAGGAGAGCUGAUCCCAUGUUCCCCUGCCCUGAAGCAGAGCAAGAAUAUGAUCCUGGACCAAGCCUUUAAAUAUAUAACGGAAUUGAAAAGGCAAAAUGAUGAACUCCUACUUAAUGGAGGAAACAAUGAACAAGCUGAAGAAAUUAAAAAGCUACGGAAACAACUGGAAGAAAUCCAAAAAGAAAAUGGCCGAUACAUUGAAUUACUGAAAGCAAAUGACAUAUGCUUAUAUGAUGACCCGACAAUCCACUGGAAAGGAAAUCUUAAAAACUCGAAGGUCCCUGUUGUUAUUCCUAGUGAUCAGGUUCAAAAAAAUAUCAUUGUUUAUUCAAAUGGGAGUCAGCCUGGUGGAAACAGCCAGGGAGCAGCUGUUCAGGGGAUAACAUUUAAUGUUGGUCAUCAUUUACAAAAGCAGACUGCCAAUGUGGUGCCCGUACAGAGGACGUGCAAUCUUGUGACUCCUGUGUCUAUUUCUGGAGUCUACCCUUCUGAAAACAAACCAUGGCAUCAGACCACAGUUUCUGCAUUGGCUGCUAACCAGCCUAUUCCUCUUUGUCUUCCUGCUACCAUUUCUGCUCAAAAUAUUCUUGAGCUUUCCACCUCAGAAAGUGAAUCCAGUGUGCUUGGUGCCACCAGUGGCUCACUGAUUGCUGUUCCAGUUGGGCCUGAACCUCACCAACACCAUUCCUUGCACACAUCUCUAAACGAUCAAAACUCAUCUGAAAAUAAGAAUGGGCAAGAGAGCCCCCAGUUGCUGAAGAAAAUGGUCCCUUGUACGUCAGACAUCCCCUCCAGCUCCUCAGCAGCUGCCGCUCAAGUGCAGCAAGGCAGCAAGCCCUGGCUGAGCACACAGGACCUGAGAAGUGAUCUUCACAACACCCUUAUUGUUUCAGUUACCACCACAGUCUGCUCCCAGCCUCCCAGGCUUGCAGGUGGCUCCUCUCCAGUGGGCAUUAGCAAGGGUACAGACUCCACAAACGGUACUGCAGUGGUGGCACCAUCUGUCCCUGGAGUGGGGAAGACCGCCACUCCUGUGAGCACUCUGUCUGCAAACCCUUUGGACAGUGGCUGGACUCUUUCUUGUUCUUUGCCUUCUUCAAGUGUUAGUACUUCAGAUUUGAAAAACAUUAAUAGCCUUACCCGCAUUUCCUCAGCUGGAAACACACAGACAACAUGGACUACUUUGCAACUGGCAGGAAACACCAUUCAGCCCUUAAGCCAGACACCAUCUAUCGCUGUGACCCCAGUAUUAAAUGAUUCUGGUCCUAGCCCCACCACAACCAACGACAGUAGACAUGUGGCUACAGGCAUCAGCUUGAAUAAUUCCUUUCCAGCAGAUGGGCAAGCAGUUGAGCAAGUAGUUGUAACCUUGCCUUCUUGUUCAUCUUUACCUAUGCAGCCACUAAUUGCCCAGCCACAAGUUAAAUCUCAACCUCCAAAAAAUAUCCUUCCAUUGAAUUCAGCAAUGCAGGUGAUUCAGAUGGCUCAGCCAGUUGGGUCGGCUAUUAAUGCAGCUCCAGCUAAUCAAAAUGUGAUCAUUCUUCAGCCACCCAGCACCACCCCAUGCCCCACAGUGAUGAGAGCAGAGGUUCCCAGCCAAACCGUAGGUCAGCAGAUAGUGAUCAUACAGACAGCCAGUCAGAACCCUUUGCCACUCCUCUCUGCACCACCUCCUGGUUCUGUUCGACUCCCCAUCAAUGGAGCCAGUGCUAUUAUAGGGUCUAAUAAUUCAGUGCAAAAUGCUUCAACCCCACAAACUUUUGGAGGAAAGCACCUUGUCCACAUAUUACCAAGACCUUCAUCUUUAUCAACAUCUAAUUCAGCACAAACUUUUUCUGUUGCCAUGUCAAACCAACAGCAGCCUCAAACCAUUUCUUUAAAUGGACAGCUCUUUGCUUUGCAGCCUGUGAUGUCUUCAUCAGGAACUACAAAUCAAACCCCUAUGCAAAUUAUUCAACCCACCACCAGCGAAGAUCCAAAUACCAAUGUUGCCCUGAAUACAUUUGGUGCUUUGGCCAGCCUCAAUCAAAGCAUAUCACAGAUGGCUGGGCAAAGCUGUGUACAAUUGUCUAUUAGCCAGCCUGCCAAUCCUCAAACUGCUGCAAAUAGCCAAACCACCUCAGCUAACUGUGUUUCAUCGACAACUACUGUAGCACCUCCAGUGACAACAGAUAAUUCAGCCACACUACCCGGCACGUACCAUCUAGUGACUGCUCCCUCAGUGAACACUGUAGCGUGUUUGCCACCUAAUGUGAAGUCAAAAAGGGUGAAUAAGAAGCCAGUUGCCAAGAAACACUUAGCAGCUAACAAGUCAGCCUGUCCUCUGAGUGCAGUCAGAGAAGUGGGGAAGCUGGACUGCCCCAGCGGGGAAGGGUCUGCAGAGCCAUCCUGUAAUGACGUGCUACUGGAUAGCUUCCCUGUUGCUUUGCCAUCUGUUGCUAUGUCCCAGGCAAGUAGUGUAAAUGUGUCUGGUUCACAUUCUUUGGAAGUUCUAAAUUCUGAGCCCGUAUCCAAAUGUAAGUCAACGAAAGAGUCUAACUCACCCUCCCAAGAAUCUGUAACAAGUGAACAUAAUGCAACAGCCCCAGCAAAAUCCAAAGAUUCUACCCCUGUUUUGCAACGAGAGACAUCUCAGGAUAAGCCAGCAACUAGUUUGGCAUUAUCAGAUGCUGCCAAGUCCUGCAGUUCAGCCAAUGUGUUGAUUCCAUCUCCAAAUGAUCCCCACAUUUUGGCUUCUCAGGUUUCUGGUCUGUCAUCUACCACAAACACUACAAGCACUGACUGUGUUUCUGAGGUAGAAAUCAUUGCUGAAACUUGUAGGAUUGAGCAGGAUUCAUCAGAUACAACGCAAACCACUGGCCUCUUAAAGGGGCAAGGUUUAACUGCCUUGCUAUCUGAUCUUGCUAAAGAUCCUCAGAAAACAUCCCUUUCAGUCCAGGUGGACCAUCCUGACUUUUCUGAAAAUUCUAAAAUAGUAGACUCAAGUGUGGAUUUACAUCCUAAACAGGAGCUACUAUUGCUGAACAGUGAUGGUAGAGAUCCGCCACAGCAUCAUUCCUGCAUCCCUGAUCCGGAGGUUAUUAACGGUUCUCUGUUCACCAGUAGGCAGGCUGACUCCCCCAUGUCAACCAGCUCUGGCAGUAGUCGGAGUUUCUCAGUGGCAUCCAUGCUUCCUGAAGCAACCAGAGAGGAUAUGACCAGCAGUGCAACAACUAAUACAUGUGACAGCUGUACCUUUGUAGAGCAAACUGAUAUAGUAGCUCUUGCAGCAAGAGCUAUUUUUGACCAGGAGAACCUUGAGAAGGGAAGAGCUGGCAUCCAGGCUGAUAUAAGGGAAGCUACUUCAAAGCCUUCUGAAACAUCAUCUUUAGAGGGAGAUCAGCCUUUCAAAUCACAGAUACCUAAAGAGAAUGGCACAGGACAGGCAGAAGUGGUACCAAAUGAAUUUAAUUCUCAGGAUUCAGUUGAAGCACCUGUGGAUAGGCCCCUUGAAAAACCAAGUUGCUCUGUGGGAAUCAAAACGUCAGAUGCCUCUUUACAGGUUUCAGCUUCUCAGUCACCAAGCGUCACCAGUUUAAGUGUGAAUAAUCUUAUCCAUCAGAGCAGCAUCAGCCAUCCUCUGGUCAGCUGUGCGGGUUUAUCCCAAUCUUCAGAGCAAACAACUGUCUCUGCAGCAGUUAAUCUAACUGUUUCAUCUAGCUCCUAUGGCAGUCAGCCUCCUGGACCGUCUCUGAUGACUGAAUAUGCCCAAGAACAGCUAAAUACUAUGACCAGUACCAUACCAAAUUCACAGAUUCAAGAGCCGCUCUUAAAGCCAAGUCACGAAAGCCGUAAAGAUUCUGCUAAGCGUACUGUCCAAGAUGAUCUUUUACUUUCUUCUGCUAAACGUCAAAAGCAUUGUCAGCCAGCCCCACUCAGGCUUGAAAGUAUGUCUUUGAUGAGCCGAACUCCAGACAGCAUUUCUGAUCAAACUCAAGUAAUGGUUAGUCAGAUCCCUCCCAACUCUUCAAACUCAGUUGUGCCUAUUAGCAACCCAACACAUGGAGAUGGCCUUACACGACUGUUUCCUCCUGGUAACAACUUUGUGGCCCCAGCAUUGAGGCAAACGGAAGUUCAGUGCAGUUCUCAGCCUUCAGUUGCUGAGCAGCAGCAAACCCAGGCAAGUCAACACCUACAGGCCCUGCAACAGCAUGUUCCAGCUCAAGGAGUAUCUCACCUUCAUAGUAACCAUCUCUACUUAAAGCAGCAGCAGCAACAGCAAGUGGGGCAAUUAAGAGAGAGGCAUCAGUUGUAUCAGCUGCAACAUCAUGUACCUCAUGCAGAGAGCUCUGUCCACUCUCAGCCUCAUAGUGUCCACCAACAGAGAACCCUACAACAGGAAGUUCAGAUGCAGAAAAAGAGGAAUCUUGUUCAGGGCUCUCAGGCCUCUCAGCUUUCCUUACAACCGAAGAACCAUGGAACUGACCAAUCACGGCCCAAGAGUGGUCAGCCACAUCCCCACCAUCAACAGAUGCAGCAACAGAUGCAGCAACACUUUGGAAAUUCCCAGCCAGAGAAGAGCUGUGAAAACCCUUCAACAAGCCGGAACCACCAUAACCAUCCUCAGAACCAUCUUAAUCAAGACAUUAUGCACCAGCAGCAGGAUGUUGGAAGCAGACAGCAAGGUUCAGGGGUUACUUCUGAACAUGUAUCUGGACACAAUCCCAUGCAGAGACUUUUGACAUCAAGAGGCUUAGAGCAGCAAAUGGUUUCCCAACCAAGUAUUGUGACAAGACCUUCCGACAUGACUUGUACUCCACACAGGCCAGAGAGAAAUAGAGUUUCAAGUUAUUCUGCUGAGGCACUCAUUGGAAAGACGUCUUCUAAUUCAGAGCAGAGAAUGGGUUUAUCAAUUCAGGGUUCUAGAGUUUCAGAUCAGCUUGAAAUGAGAAAUUAUCUCGAUAUUCCCAGAAAUAAGAAUUUGGCCAUUCAUAACAUGCAGAGUCGUGUGGACCAUACUGUUGCCCCAGAAAUCCGCCUUUCUGAUUGUCAGACAUUUAAACCAAGUGGAGCCAGUCAACAGCCCCAGAGUAAUUUUGAAGUACAGUCUUCAAGAAAUAAUGAGAUAGGUAACCCUGUAUCAUCUUUGAGGAGUAUGCCGUCCCAGACUUUUCGAAUUAGUCAAAACACUGGUCCUCCACCAAUCGACCGUCAAAAGAGAUUACCUUAUCCACCAGUUCAGAGCAUCCCAACAGGAAAUGCUGUUCCACCAAGGGACAGUGACAAUGCAUGUCACCAAAGUUUCAUGCAGAGUUUACUUGCCCCUCACCUCAGUGAUCAGGUCAUUGGGAGCCAGAGAUCACUCUCAGAACAUCAGAGGAAUACACAGUGUGGCCCCUCCUCUGCAAUUGAGUAUAACUGUCCCCCAGCUCAUGAAAGUGUCCAUAUUAGAAGAGAGAGUGAGAGUCAGAAUAGGGAAAGUUGUGACAUGCCCUUAAACACAAUCAACGCCAGGAACAGUACCUUGAAUAUUCCUUUUUCAAGUUCUUCUUCCUCAGGAGAUAUUCAAGGUCGAAACACAAGUCCCAAUGUUUCUGUACAGAAAUCCAAUCCCAUGAGGAUUACUGACAGUCAUGGGACAAAGGGCCACAUGAACCCCCCAGUCACAACCAACAUGCAUGGGGUUGCAAGGUCAGCUUUGCCACAUCCAUCUGUGUCUCAUGGAAGUGCUGAUCAAGGGCCUCCUGUACGUCAAACCAAUUCUUCAGUUCCCCAGCGAUCAAGGCAUCCCCUGCAAGACAGCAGUGGUUCCAAAAUUCGUCAGCCUGAACGGAAUCGUUCUGGAAACCAAAGGCAUAGUAAUGUCUUUGAUCCAAGUCUUCCCCAUCUUCCUCUGUCGACUAGUGGCAGUAUGAUUCUUGGACGCCAACAACCUACUACAGAGAAGAGAGGAAGUAUUGUUCGUUUUAUGCCAGAUAGCCCACAAGUACCCAAUGAUAAUUCAGCUCCUGACCAGCAUACGCUGUCACAAAAUUUUGGUUUUUCUUUUAUUCCCGAGGGUGGCAUGAAUCCACCAAUAAAUGCUAAUACUUCUUUCAUUCCACAGGUUACCCAGCCGAGUGCCACUCGAACUCCAGCCCUCAUCCCAGUAGAUCCUCAAAAUACUCUACCUUCCUUCUAUCCCCCAUACUCUCCUGCUCAUCCUCCACUGUCCAAUGAUAUUUCAAUCCCCUAUUUUUCUAAUCAAAUGUUCUCAAAUCCUAGCACAGAAAAGGUAAACAGUGGAAGUUUAAAUAACCGAUUUGGAUCAAUUUUAUCCCCUCCCAGACCUGUUGGCUUUGCUCAACCAAGUUUUCCUCUUCUUCCAGAUAUGCCACCAAUGCACAUGACCAACUCUCACUUAUCCAAUUUUAAUAUGACAUCUUUGUUUCCAGAAAUAGCUGCAGCUCUUCCUGAUGGGUCAGCAAUGUCCCCGUUGCUUACGAUAGCAAACUCCUCUGCCUCUGACUCCUCCAAGCAGUCCUCAAACAGACCUGCCCACAACAUAAGCCAUAUUUUAGGUCAUGAUUGCAGUUCAGCUGUUUAAAUACUGAUAGACUAAAUAUAAACGUGGUGAGUGAGAUUACAUAUAUGUGUGUGCAUGCACACAUGUACAUGAAGAGUGAGACUGUGUUUGUGUAUGUCUUUGUGUUUAUGUAAUCAAUUUUCAGUUUCCUUCUGAAUGUAGGGAAGCCAUGUCAGAGAUGAUGCAGAUACUGGAUUGUCCAAAAAAAAAAAUCUUUCAUUUUAAACUGCAUGAUAUGCUUUUUAAAUUUCCAAGCAGAUUUACAAUUCCAAGUUUGAUUUAUAAUCUUUUAUUCCCUAAAUAUGGAUCACCUGGAGGCCGAGGGGAGAUCAUUUUGGUAUAUGCUGGAUGGUUGGAAGGAACCUAGAUUUUGAACGUUAUUGUUGAUAAUUUGUUAGAUAGUUGAGUUGCUAUCCAAAAAUGUAGACAAAGUGACAUAACACGGUGGUUCCUAACCAAAUGCUGACUAAUGCCAGCAUCCAGACUAGUUUCUUAUACAUGGCAGGUGUUGAAUUGAGUAUUCAUGGUUAAAGUCAAGCAGUUAACAAAUAAAUUUUAAAAACCCAUUGCCAUUGAGUCGAUUCCGACUCAUAGUGACCCUAUAGGACAGAGUAGAACUGUCCCAUAGGGUUUUCAAGACUGUGAUCUUUA